AUGGGAACAAGUCCAGCACAACGUCUCAUGAAUAGGAGAACGAAAACAUUAUUGCCUACUAAACAGUCGUUACUAGAGCCGGAAGUUCCAGAUCUGAAGGAGCAGGGAAGGACGCUUGUGAGACUGAAAGAACGACAAGCACAUUACUACAAUCGUGGGGCCAAGGAUCUGAAACCAUUGAAGAUUCAAGACCUUGUGCGCAUUGCACCACCUGAUGGAAUCGGACAGUCAAAAGAAUGGAAGAAAGGGGUAGUGAACAAAGUUUUACCAAAUCGCUCUUAUGAGGUCCAGUCUGCUGGUCAACACUACCGCAGGAAUAGACGACAUCUAAGACCCAGCAAACAUCAGGAACAGUCGGAAAGUGAUGAUUUAGCCCUUGAGGAUUACCGAGAGAUACGUGUCGAACAAGAGAAGCCAAUUCAAAUGUCUGAUUCGAAACAAAUGAUCGAGUCCGCAAAAGAGCAGGAUACAUUAGAGGCACCGCAGUGUGCUUGCUCAUCCAUUGUAGUUCAUGAGAUAAUGAACACUACUCUUUGCAAGAAAUAUUACGGGAAUAUGAUUAUAUUGAAAUUUGUCAUAAAAUUUCGAAAGGUUUCCACCAGGCUAGAACUCACAGAACCGUCGUCUGCUCUCCGAACAGGAGCCGCAGAGAGCAUGGUGCACUGUUGUUUGAUUUGUACAACAGAGAACAAGUGCAUUUCUGUAUUAUACGAUAAAAAGAAUAGGACAUGUCAGCUUUUUAAUUUUCUUCUCAACUGGGAUCAACUUGGAGACGAAAAAGGAACUGAAUAUCUUAUCAUGGACAAUGCAGCAAGCAACAGAAGACUACCCCGGUCUUGUUCCGACAUCGCUGGAUGCUCUGGAAUAACUAAGGAUGGUGAAUACUGGUUGUAUCCUGUAGCAACGAAUGGGACGAGAGUGAAGAUUUAUUGUCAUGACAUGCAAACAGAUCCGAAGGAGUAUGUCACUAUGAAGAAUGAAAACUGCUUCAUUCAACACGACCCUUCCAACUGGUUAAGUAAAAACGAACGCUGUACAACAACAUAUACGCCUCCACUAAAGAAAGCAGUUUUUUCGAAAGUGGCCAUUAACAUACAGGAUAUGUCUGUGGAUGGAACAGAUUAUACGUUCGCAGUGCGUACAGGGGAUUUCAAUCUUACUUUUGGACAAACAAGUGACUGUGCUGGAGAAAUAGGCUUUGUCUCAAAAACCUGCCCACGAUUCUCCGGAGCUAAAAUCAAUGCUCAAGGGACUGGGAUGAUAUUUGAUCCUACUAUUGUAUUCGGUAUAGUGGAGGGCUAUAUGGCUAGUAUACUGGAUUUUCAGCGUUCAGCAGACGGAGCAGAAAUGUACUUCCGGUGUGGAGGAUGGUGUGGAAUAUGCGGUCCAGUUGAAGGAGAAAUGAAAUUUAUUUUGACAACGGAAGCGGGUGAGACAACUUAA